GUUCGGAAUCACCGGAAGUGAGGGACUGCAGACUGGAGGACGACGGCUCUCUGCUAUUUUAUUUUUUAAAACAGGAAUAAACAUUUUAAAGGCUUCCCGACAAUUUAAACGGAGUCAAAAUGCGCGAAGAUGAGUCUGAUUCUGACUCUGGCAAAUCAGAUGAAGGAGGUUCGAUUCGGAGAAGACUUGAGACGCUUUGUCAAGAAUUAAAUAUAGAUGAAGAGACGGCGACGGAGGCGAUGCAAAACUUCAGCUCGAUUUGGAACACAUACACUCUGGAGGGUGAGGUGGUGCACUGGUUGGCCUGCUCUCUGUAUGCAGCUUGUAGAAAAACAUGGACUCCCACUGUAGGCAGUGGCAUGGUGGAAGGUAAUUGUGUCUCUCUCACCAGAAUACUUCGUUCCUCCAAACUCAGCCUGAUCCAGUUCUUCAGCAAGAUGAAGAAAUGGGCAGAUAUGUCAAAUCUCUCACAGGAUUUCCGCAAUCGUAUAAGGUGCCUCGAGAGGAAUUUUGAAGUGUCCACUGUGAUCUUUCGGAAAUUUGAGCCAAUAUUUUUGGACAUGUUCCAGAAUCAUCAAGGUGACCCUCCACGGCAGCCGAGAGGCAGGAAGCAUAGGCGUGUCCUCUGCCACACCAAUGAUGUUUUCAAGUUCUGUUGGACACUGUUUGUAUAUACCAAAGGCAAUUUCCGUAUGAUUGGAGAUGAUCUGGUCAACUCGUAUCAUCUCCUUUUGUGCUGUCUGGACCUGGUUUAUAGUAAUGCACUACUCUGCGCCAACAAGAAAGACCUCAUCAAUCCAUAUUUCAAAGGCUUGCCAACAGAUUGCGGGAGCUCAGAAGAGGUGCUGUGUGUGCUUGAGCAUUUGUGCGAACUACACGAUGGUCUAGUUGUUGAGGCAAAAGGAAUAAAGGAGCACUAUUUUAAACCUUACAUCAGACGUCUGUUUGAGAAAAAAAUUCUUAAAGGAAAAAAGGACAUGCUUACCGAAUUGCUGGACACUCCAAACUUCCAAGAUAAUAACAAAGCCAUAAAUCGUGAAUAUGAGGAAUAUGUGCUGACGGUGGGUGAUUUUGAUGAGCGGGUGUUUUUGGGCGCCGAUGCCAAUGAGGAGAUUGGCACACCACAAAAAAUUACCCCAAAGCCACAAUCCAGUCAGCUGUCAGCCCGAAUGCAGGUAGAGAACAACCUUCAGCAGCACUUUGAGAAGACACGUUCGCUGGCCCCUUCCACACCACUUACGGGGCGUAGGUACCUGAAGGAGAAGGAGGUGCUGAUAACACCGGUCUCUUCAGCUACUCAAAGUGUGAGUCGUCUGCAGAGCAUGGUGUCUGGCCUUUCCAAUGCUCCUACUGAUGCCCUGCUCCAGAUCUUCAAGUCUUGUUCUUGUGACCCAACUGAAGCCAUUUUAAAUCGUGUGAAGAGGCUGGGAGAGACUUUUAAACAGGCCUACACCAAACAAACAGAUGAUCUUCAGGGAGCCCAUAUGGACUUUGCAGAAAACCGUCUGAAGAUAGCCGAAAUACUGUAUUUUAAGAUUCUGGAGAAUGUUAUGGCUCAAGAGAUGAAGAGACUCCAGGGUAAAGAUAUGACAGUGCUAUUAGAACAGGAUGUGUUCCACUGUUCUCUUUUGGCCUGCUGUCUGGAGGUUGUGCUGUUUUCAUACAGUUCCCAAAGAACCUUUCCUUGGAUUUUAGAAACCUUCCAGCUGAGACCGUUCUACUUUUACAAGGUGAUAGAGGUGUUCAUCCGCUCUGAGGAAGGCCUUUCUAGAGACAUGGUGAAGCACCUGAACGUUAUAGAGGAGCAAGUGCUGGAAAGCAGGGCUUGGACCAAAGACUCUGUACUGUGGGAGGCAUUAGAGACUGAUAAUUCUAAAGUCCCUACUGUAGCAGAGGUAAAUUUUCCUAGUAGUCUUGAUUCAGGCCACAACAGCAGUAGUGGGGGCCCCACCCACCUUCCUCUGGUGGCUCUGUCGCCCAUCAUGCACCCUCGUCUCCGAGAGGUCCGCACUGGCAUAGGCUCCAGUGGUCGCAAAGAUGCUCCUCCAUCUCCCAUCUCUCUCCACGACCGCUUCAGUUCUCCAGCAGCAGGCAGUGUCAAAAGGCGUUUGUUUGGUGAUGAUGCACAACCUCAGUCUCCAAUAAAGCAAACACCUGUCACCCCCUUGAAAAUCAUACCCAGCACCUCUACAGAAAACAACAACCAGAACUGUGGAGCAACUGUCCUCUCCAUGGCUACUACGAAUGGUCAGCAGCUCAGCAUCCCUUUUCCAGUGAUGAAGGCUGAAUUGGGAACGAUCACAGUUAUCCAGGUACAAACGAACCAGCUGAACCCCCUCACUGCCCAGGCGCUGCUCGGCUCCCCAAACAAAGCCCCGGAGGUACAUUCACAGCCAACCAACAGACCACGCCGCAAAGGAUCUCUUUCACUCUUUUUCCGCAAGGUGUAUCAUUUAGCAAGCGUGCGUCUCAGAGAUCUAUGUCUAAAGUUGGACAUCUCUGGAGAGUUAAGGAGCAAAAUCUGGACAUGCUUUGAGCAGUCUUUGGUCCAUUGUACAGACAUGAUGAAGGAUAGACAUCUGGAUCAGCUGUUGCUCUGUGCAGUCUACAUCAUAUCCAAGAUAUCAAAAGAGGAGCACACUUUUCAAGACAUAAUGAAAUGUUAUCGGAGUCAGCCUCAAGCAAGCAGCCAUAUAUAUCGCAGUGUGCUGCUGAGGAAAAGAGUUCACGAUCAGCAGACAGAUGACAAAAUGGAGGUUGAUCCACCAACAGAUCAAAAUUUAGCCAAUGUCAACACCGAUCAUGGUGCCAAAGCUAAGGCUGAUGGCGACUCAGAUGAGGACAGGGGUGACCUCAUCCAAUUCUACAAUUCUGUUUAUGUUCUGAAAAUGAAAUCUUUUGCACUCAGAUAUGCAGCCCAUCCAGCAGCUGAUAACAGAGUGGAUGCACCCCCGUUAUCUCCAUUCCCCUCACUGCGAGCUCAGCCUCUUUCCCCACGGCGAAUAUCUCAGAGACAUUCCGUCUAUCUGUCUCCUCACAAAAAUGGUUCCUGUCUCAAACCCAGCUCUGCCUACACAUACAAGUUUACUGGCAGUCCAUCUAAGGAGUUGAGUGACAUCAACCAAAUGAUCCGUCAGGGAAGUGUGAGCAAGAAGAGAGCUUUUACCAUGGAGGGAGAUGAGACUGAGUCUCCCACCAAACGCCUGAGCCAGGAGAGUGAGGAUGUGCUGCUCAAACGUCUACAGGAUGUUGUGACUGAGAGAGCCAAUCACUGACUGAUCACGUCUCAUCACGUGUCUCCUGAUAGUGCUGGAGUUUGUAAUAUUCACAGACCAGUGACAAUGCUGCAUGAUCAUAACAAUGUUUCAUAACCAAAUAUCAACUCACAGAACAGGUCAGGAUGCUAAAUUUGUGGGCUUUAGUGGAAUUUCAGAUUCCUUGAAAAUUUGUUAAGUAAUUUCAUUCAUUCUCAAAUGCCAGCAAAAUAGGUUAGCAACACGUGUUUAACCAGACACUGUAUUUUAUUAUGCUCUCUAUGGGAUAUGAAACGUCAUUCAAAACAAAACAUCGCUCAUACAAAGUUGUUCUGUAUAUAUGUAUUAGGGUGUAUAAAUGGGGCUUAAGUGAUUAUUUUACUGAACACAUCAUUUAUGUGUUCAAGCAUUGUCCCUUGUGGUGCAAACCCAUGUAGCACUGUGUUGUGUUGUGUAGUAUCUACACACCAAGAGGUAUUAUUAUUUUUUUUAAUCCAAGUCCCAUUACAUUUGUGUUCUGAUGUACAACAAUAGCAUUGGUAUAUAAUGUCAUACCAAUCCAACCUUCUUACGCCUUAAACGCUUUGGCUUGGUCUCAGUGAUUGCUCAUUUUAUUCUUAUGUUCUUAUUCUUUUUUGGUUUUCUUUAAAUAUUUAAACUGCCAUUUAUUCAUGUGGAAUAUUCUCAGGAACAGUCUUUAAUCUUUGGACCUGAAUUAUUUUAGGGUGAGAAUCAAGCAUUAUCUUUCUGAAGACAUUCUUGGGAAAACAAAUGGGGGUUUGAUAUAAUGUUUCUGUUUCAUAUUGAUGUCUGUUGAGUGUUUUUGAAUGUUUUGCAAACACACAGCCAAUAAAUUAUUGGUUAAAAGGCU